CGGCCUCGUUGUAGUGAGUGGAGCUUGUAUUCCUGCAUCUGGUGUUCUAGUUAUAUCGUACCACCGUUUGUGCAUUUGUUUGCGUGGCGAAAGGAGAGCCGUCAAUUGUCGCAGUUGAACACUUACGCCCUCAUGUAUAUCUUGUAUGUUGGUACCCAUGUUCCGUGGUAGUUGUGAAUGGAAUGUCGGCAGUGUCAACAGUGGUUCAUUCAUCCGUAGUUGAACAGUCACACCUGCUAGUAUGAUCUGUGUAAGCAAGUUGAGUGUUGGUAUCUCUUGUGACCUGGUGGUGUUGUAUAGAGUGUCAAGAAUGUCAAAAGUAAGGCGAAAAUCGACACGUGAAUGUCCAGCAUCUGUUAGCAAGUGGAUUGUGCCCUGAGCAGUGUACAUGCAGAAGUGCCGGACCGGAAUUCAAAAUGGAGUGUGUAGCCGGUUUCUGGAAGAGCCGUGUUGAGGAGAGCGAACAGACUCCGUGGCCAGCUACUUCAUUCAUUUCGGCAACACAUGAAGAUGAACAACGCCAAAAAGAACAAAAUGGAGAGACUGAAUAUCCUAAAAUGGCCUCUGUUCUGCCUUCACCUCCAGCAUUCACGCGAGGCUCCCAUAGACGAUACAUGAAUCAUCUGAUUCGGUCAAAUUCAAGCGAGAAACUCGACGUUAAUUCCCACGUAAAAUCGGAAGAUGCUUCCUUAACGGAGGGUAGUUUUGUAGAAGCCGGAGAUAACAUUUGUUCGACAAAUCGCAACACUGCAACUGCAGGGAGAACAACCAACGAUCAUAGCUCAAAAUUUCACAAGGUAGAUUCACUAGCAGAGAAACAGUCGGUAACUACCGUUCCUGGUGUUGAUAAUAAAAACUACGUCGUAAGUAAUAGAAAUGUUAAUUCAAGAGCUGGCCGCCUGAAGUCGCUGGUAUCGUUAUGUUCACGAACUGCCAGCGAUAUGAGGGGGCCCAUGUUGCCUUCAACAAACGGUGUUGAAGCAGAUGGUGGGGUGGUUGUUGACAAUGAGGGUGACGCCCCUUCCUCCUCCUCUUUCCUCUCCUUCACACACCCUUUAUCGUUAAGGGACAUAACAUGCCAGUGUGAUGUGGAAGCCGAAGAAAGUCCGUCAACAGGCGAAAAAUGUAACACAAAGAAAGGUACGAAGGGAAGGCAGAGGAAGACGGGUGCAAUAACGGGAGGCUGGACCCAGUCAGCAGGAGCUGUACAGGAUAUAGCAGCACACGCGCCAGCGGUGUUGCGUUUCCCUUGUGUAGAGAAACUGAUUCACAAGUAUACAGUUAUGAUUGCGGAACAGAGGACACGUGCGCUAGCAGAGAAACAAGUUGAAAACCAGUCCAGGAGGAAACAAAAGCAAGGUAAUAUAGAAAAUCAUUCUUCUAACCAGAGUCAGGAGUUUUCUAGCAAUUCUGCGAAACAGCAAAAGCAUAAUUCCGAACUUGCAAAACCGUCAACGAAACAUUCACACGAAAAAGCCAUACGAGGGCAAGUAACAACAGAAAGCAGUGACUUUUGCCAGUGUUCACAGGAACAUGUGCAGUUUAUUAUCGAUCGUGUGGGCGAUUCGACUAGACAGAUUGAUGAUCGUGAAGUAUUUGCAGAACAUUCGACGAAAUAUGUGCAACAAUACCAUGGUGAAACUAUGGACUCGUCUGCGGGACUACAGGAACAAAGGGGAAAUAAAAAUACCACAAAACUGCAUACACAACUUCCGUUGCAAUGUGAGUGUGAUAAUGGUAAGAUAGAACAUACGACAAGCCAUUUACGACAUAGCCAUACCCAAAAUUACGUGAGUGGGUCUCAGGAACAAGGCGAAUAUCACGGAAAUCAUUCAAGAGAUUGGAUGGAACUUCGCGGGCAGUGUCACGUGCGUAAUCGUCUUACUGAUCAUGAUCCGAAAAUGCAUUCCCAACCAGAAAUAAAUGACGAUUGUAUAAAUGUUACUCAGUCACAACAUUGGAACGAUGCUGCAGGACAAGAAGCCAGUCAUCUGCGACAGGUGUGUCAAGAAAACAAUAAAGAAGAGACUGAUAUACUCCAGCAAGCGACCGAAUCACUGACCUCACUGUUUAUCAAGCCAUCAAGUGACGUCACACCGAACGUUAGUCACGUAGGUGGCAGUGCAGCAUCUGCCAGAGGAGAGGAAGGUCGUCAUAGUUUAAUGUUGCCACGCGCUUCAAAGCGAUCGGUGAGCCCCGGCUCAGAUGAAGGCUGUUCAGUAGCGCUUCCACCUGAAUGUAGCCUGACUCCUUGUAGCAGUGAGGAUGAUAUCGUGAAGAGACUGGUGGAAAAAUCAACAGCCAGAUGGACCUGGCCACCUGUGAAUAAUGACCAAGAUACUGAGUUACAGGGACCAGGCCGCAGACAAGAAUAUGGACGAUACGGAAGCUCAGAUUCAGCUGUCUGUCUGUUGCCAAGCGACGAUGAAAGGAAGCUUCAAAUGAAGGAUCCCGGAAUUUCUUUACAUCAGACAAGUACUGAUUAUAGCAAUAUUACAGAGUUUGUAACUUCUGAAGAGAAAUCUUCUGACAAAGCUAUGGUGUUUGAUCGAUACGUGGACAAAGCAUCGGAUGUGUCGUUUGAUUUGGUUAAUUUGCAGUAUAUAUGGAGGCAUGGGCCAUCUUCGAAGGAGUCUGAUAUAUUUCCUGAUGAAGUCAGUAGACGAAACAGUGGCGAUAAUGACGAUGCUUGGUUUGAGGAAAUACGGGAUAAUGCAAAGGAAGCAGCGUGCGAUGAUAUCUGUGACAGUGGCAUAGACAGGGAUACCUUCCUCCUCGGUAGUACUGGGGAAUCGUGUUGGGACUUCGGUUCUGUGGAAGGAAAGACUGAUCUAGUCGAUAGCAGAUAUCAGAUAGAUACAUCUCCUGCUAGUGAUGGAUACUCCUGCAGUUACAGGCAGAAACAGAUUAGGAAACUGAGGAGUAUGAUAAGCUGUGAAAGUGGAGUGGUCGAAGAUGAAGAUUGCAGUAGAAAAAGCAGCACAGCUGAAGAUGUUGAGAAUGAUGACGGGUAUCUCGUGGAACUUCGACGUCAGUCUGCACAGAGUUUCCAAACAGAUGACGACGAAUCGAGUGCGACUUCACAGUAUCGACAAUGGAGGACUCCCUCAGUGGUAGUGAGUGAUUAUUCGGAUGAUGUCCCGUACUUUACGUCAGUGACCCUUGAAGAGCUGGAGCAACUUGAGGACGCGUCGGCCUCGGAAUGUGCAAGCGGCGCGAGUUCUGUGAGUGGUAGCGUAGGUGUCAGUGCUCUGGAUACGGAGUACGCCCUCAGGACCCCAGAGAGGAAAGCGUCGGACUGCAGUACUUGUAGCACUCUGAGCGGAGACGAAGAUGCCAGCUGUGACGCCCUCCUGCAGCCUGUUAGGACCAGACAAAAGCCUUCUGGUUGGCGGAAACUGCGAAAUAUUGUUCAAUGGACUCCGUUCUUCCAGACGUACAAGAAACAGAGGUAUCCUUGGGUUCAACUUGCAGGUCAUCAAGGAAACUUUAAGGCAGGACCUGAACAAGGCACGAUCUUGAAGAAGUUGUGUCCUAAGGAGGAGCUAUGCUUUCAGGUUCUUAUGAAGGACGUUUUGAGGCCCUAUGUACCUGAGUACAAAGGGCACGUUACCUGUGAAGAUGGAGAUUCUAUGUACCUGCAGCUACAGGACUUGCUUGGGGACUUCACAUCACCGUGCGUCAUGGACUGCAAGAUCGGUGUUCGCACAUACCUUGAGGAGGAGCUGGCCAAGGCUAAAGAGAAGCCAAAACUCAGAAAGGAUAUGUAUGAGAAGAUGAUACAAAUUGACCCAAAUGCACCCACUGAGGAAGAACACAGGCUGAAGGGUGUCACAAAACCAAGAUAUAUGGUUUGGAGGGAGACAAUUUCAUCCACAGCAACACUUGGCUUCCGUAUUGAAGGAAUCAAGAAGAGUGAUGGAAAAUCCAGCAAGGACUUUAAGACUACCAAGACAAGGGAACAGAUCAUGCAGGCAUUCCAAGAUUUUACUAAUGGUUUCCCACAUGCAUUGCCAAAAUAUAUACAGAGGCUAAAGGCUAUAAAAGCUACAUUAGAGGUAUCAGAUUUCUUCAGUUCACAUGAGGUAAUUGGCAGUUCUCUACUCUUUGUUCACGACAAGACGAAUGCCAAUGUGUGGCUAAUAGAUUUUGCUAAGACAUUGGUUCUCCCAAAUGGUAUGUCCAUUUCGCACUCAUCAAAAUGGAUAGUUGGGAACCACGAAGAUGGAUAUCUGAUAGGACUCAACAAUCUCAUCAGCAUAUUUACUGAAAUGCAUGAAACGCUUACAGACCCUGCAUCGUCUCUUCUUCCUGCGCCCCCGGUAACAACCAUUGUUACUGCAGCCAGUGACAUUUCAGAAGAUGAAAGAUUGACAGGUGCUGACAAUACAUGACCAAGUUAAUCCUUAUUUUCAUUUUUGACCAUGCCAAGUCUUGGUGUCACUCCUGGACCUACUUCAUUUGUGAAGCAACAAUGGGUUCCUAAAUGGAAAGUAGCACCAUUUUGCAGGUUCACUUUGUGCUGUGAAAUUAACAAGAAUUGAUGGAAUUCAUAUUGAACUAGAAAGUAAAAUUGUUGCAAUUGGACUUCACCUGUGCUGUACAAAGUGUUGCCAGAUCCAAUUGCAGAACUGACUGGACCUUUAAAAUUGCCACGACAGAGUCCCCCAUCUUCAAGUUAUUGACCCGCAUGUGGACAUCUUUCAAAGAUGAUAUCGUGAACUCUGUUGUUUGAAACAGUAUUGCUCCAAUUCCAUCUGCAUGUUUUUAAGAUUAAUUCAUACAUCUGUGUCUUGUGGUCGCGUGGCUAUGAUAUUUUUGUGUCAUAAUUUGAAACUUUUUUAGUUUACUACCACAAAUAUUCUGUCUUGUAUACAGGUAUAUAACUUCCCAGAAUUGUUUAUAUGGUAAUUUAUAUUUGACCUUGAAUGCUUCAUUUUUAAUACUGACAGUUCAACUGUGUUACUGCCUUGUCAGAUGUCAGUUGUUGUUCUUAUUGUCAAAAGAAAGCCCCAUUGGACAUGAAUGUUAUGUCACAAUGUGACAUUUUGUGUACUUUUAAUUUGAUAAUGGAUUGUAAUUUGGAGAUCAUGGGACAUGGUUUGUGUGCUAAGACUCAAGGAGGUAUCCAUAACCAGAACAUGCAUCAGAGUAGCCAACAUUGUGCUACUAGUUUUCCCCAAGCUGAGAGCUACUCUUGGAAUUGCUGUGCAGUGCUGUGUCUGUAAUGGAAGGAAAUUUAUUUUAUUGUCCAAGGCCUUGUUCAGUUAGACUGAUUAUAUGAUAUCAUAUCACUUUCAUUUUUUAGAAGAAGUUUGUCUGUUGAUCUGAAAAGGCUGUGUGAAGAACUGGGGAAGAUCCAGUGAAGAAAACUUAUGAUGCUAGAUAUUUUGAGCAAGUUGAUGUAUUUAUUAAAUUGUUUGAUAAAAUUAUUUCUUUCCAAUAAAUUGAACAGUAUUAGUGGCUAGAAAAAGAUGAAUAUUGAACUGUGUAAUUUUAGUCACUACUAAAUUGAAAACAGAUUCAGGUAAGAAUUUGUACAAUGUAAUAGUGCUGUGAAGAGUGGUGAGAGAUUCAGCUGGCAAAAUUUGGAGGGGCUAAUAUCUUAGGACUACCAAAGGUAUAGGCAGGAGUCUGUUUUAUUAUUUUCUUUAAAAAUUUAACUUUUAGUCAUAUUGACAAGUGAUAUUUUUGUCUGCAGUGAGUGAGAAAGAGGGAGGGGGGUAUAUUGUAGCACUAAUAAAUGGAGUGUAUGAUAUAAGUACAUUUCCAACUGGAGUACAAAUAAAUACAUGAAUAAAUAAACUAUGCCCUUUGACUUCAAGAAGAUUAAUUCUGCAUUAUAAAACUGUCAUAAAAGAUUUUUUCGACGAGUUUGUAUGUGUUAAAAAUACGUUAGUAUAAUUUAUAACUGUGCUUUAUAAUCUUUGAAUUGUCCAAUUUAAAAGUGUAUUGUUGGAUAUGAGCCUAGAGAAUGGUUUGUCGAAAAUUGUCCAGAAUGGUAAUAUCCUACAGAACUAGGAGUUAGAGUUGCCAUGUAGGAUAUUAGUCUACAGAAUGUGAAGCCUGUUUCCAUCAGGCAUUUUAAGAAAAACAAUACAGCAGAUUUCACAGUUGAAUGAAUAGACAUAUCAUAUCACUGCUUCAAAACAAACUUGAGAACAUAGACAUCAUGCUUUUAUGACACGUACUGUGAAACUUGUCUUAUUCCAGAGGCAGGGACUAGCUCUAACGAU